AUGGACGUGGAUACCGGCGGUAGCGCUUCGUGCACAGCGGGAGAGGGGAGCAAGAUCUUGGUGAUCGGAGCAGGCUGCACUGGUCUUGCCCUUGCCCAUGGUCUGAAAAAGGCUGGGAUUCCUUAUGCCGUGUACGAGAGUAGAAGCAACGUUGCCCCACUGAAAAGAGAUUGGAAUUUUGGCUUGCAUUGGUCUGCGCCCGCUCUCCAAUCUCUCAUCCCCACCGAACUUUGGGCAAUGAUACAAAGCACCCAGGUGGAUCCCCACACACCUACCAAGGACGUUGAGACACUUCGUUUCCACAAUGGGAGAACCGGUGAACUCAUUCGCGGGGUUGAAGUCGAAAGAUUCUAUCGCCUACGCCGGAGUAAGCUCCAGGCCUUGUUAUCGGAAGGUCUCGAUAUAGAGUGGGAGAAGGAGAUGGUAGAUAUAAUACAUUUAGAGGACGAGAAAGGGGUGAAAGCUAUAUUCGAGGAUGGUACUGAAGUCACUGGCUCCAUGCUGGUCGGUGCAGAUGGUACACGCUCAUCUGUUCGAUCCCUUCUCGUCGGAUGCGAUAGUGCAAAGCCAACCCCCAUUGACUUUGCUACCACGAUGUGCUUCAGCAAGUACUCGCGUGACAGGGCUCUCUUCUUGCGUUCGGCACCACAUCAUCCAUUGUUUCAGACUGCUCCACACCCAGACGGCUAUUUCAGCUGGCUAGGACUUCAUGAUGCUUCGGAUACCGAUCAUCCGGAAAGCUGGGUUUUUCAACAUUACAUUUCGUUCCCUGAGCCUCGAGAGUUCGAGAACAAGAAGACGGUGGCCGAGCAUGUCGCUCACCAAAAAGCAAUGGCAUCUCAAUUCGCCGACCCUUGGAGAAGCUCAUUUGAAUGGAUACCAGAUGACACCACGACAGCGUGGUACGGCAAAUUGAAUCACUGGGAUCCAGCGCUACCAGAGCACAAGUGGAAUAAUCGAGGAGGACUCAUUACACUGGCAGGCGACGCUGCACAUCCUAUGACGUUCCAGCGUGGACAGGGUUUGAAUCACGCACUCACUGAUUCAGUGAAGCUAUGCAAAGCGAUUGUGGAUUGUUGGCACAGCAGUGAAGGCUUUCUGUGUGGACGGGCGGCUGCGAUUGAGGGCUACGAAAAAGAAAUGAUAGCAAGAGCGAGCGAAGAACUGCGGCUUGGGGAGCUGAACUCGAGAAUGUUACACGAUUGGGAGCAGGUUCAGCAGAGUCCAACUUUUGGAAAGGGUCUUAGCAGGUAA